GCCACCCAAUGACCCAAAUCCUCUUCCGCUUCCCCCCGCUGCUUAAAACCCAGAGGACGGCGUGCUCGCCGUACUCUCCCGCCAUGUCCUGCUGAUACGUGGCGUGUCAAGUUUCUAUACGCGAUGAUUUCCCUCCACACCUCCCCGUUCACUCUCCUGAUAAAGCUCGAGCCCGGCCGGAGGCGGCUCGCGCUGCCGCAGUAUGCCGUGCUCCGGCGGCCGGCGCCGAGGAGCGGCGUCCGCGCGGCGGCGGUGGCCGAGUCCGUCGACGCCCAGCUCCGGCAGUUCGCGCGGGGCGGGGCGACGGAGGACGACGACCGGCUGCAGAACUACGAGGCCCUCCUCGUCACCCGCUUCCUCGACAUCAUCCAGGACCUGCACGGCAGCAACUUCAGACGAGUGGUCGAGGAGUGCCUGCGGGUGUCCGCCGAGUACCAGCGCGACGCGGGCGACCGGGCGGCGAAGCUUGGCGAGCUGGGGGCGCUGUUCACGAGCCUGGACGUGGGCGACGCCAUCAUGGUGUCCAGCUCCCUGUCGCACAUGCUCAACCUGGCCAACCUCGCGGAGGAGAUCCAGAUGGUGUACCAGAAGAAGAUGGAGACGAGCCGGCGCGGCGGCUUCGCCGACGAGGCCCUGGCGCCCACCGAGUCGGACAUCGACGAGACCUUCCAGCGGAUGGUGGGCGGGCUGGGCAAGACGCCCCAGGAGGUGUUCGACGCGCUCAGGUCCCAGACCAUCGACCUCGUCUUCACCGCGCACCCCACCCAGUCCAUCCGGCGCUCGCUCCUCGAGAAGCACGCCAGCAUCCGGACGUGCCUGACGCAGCUGUGCGUGGAGGGCGUGUCCGAGAACGAGAAGCAGGAGAUCGACGAGGCACUGCAGAGGGAGAUCCUGGCGGCGUUCAGGACGGACGAGAUCCGGCGGACGCCGCCGACGCCGCAGGACGAGAUGCGGGCGGGGAUGAGCUACUUCCACGACACCAUCUGGAACGGCGUGCCCAAGUUCCUCCGUCGCGUCGACACGGCGCUCAAGAACAUCGGCAUCGACGAGCGCCUCCCCUACGACGUCCCGCUCAUCCAGUUCUCCUCCUGGAUGGGCGGCGACCGCGACGGCAACCCCAGGGUCACCCCCGAGGUCACCAGGGACGUCUGCCUGCUCGCCAGGAUGAUGGCCGCCAACAUGUACUUCUCCAAGAUGGGCAGCCUCAUGUUCGAGCUUUCUAUGUGGCGUUGUAACGACGAGCUCCGGGCCCGGGCCGACGAGCUGCACCGGCUGUCCUCCCGGAAGUACGCCAAGUACUACAUCGAGUUUUGGAAGCAGAUUUCUCCGCGUGAGCCCUACCGCAUCAUCCUCGGCGAUGUCAGGGACAAGCUGUACAACACCUGCGAGCGCGCUCGAGAGAUCCUGUCCAAUGGAGAAUCGAGCAUCCCAGAAGAAGAUACCUACACGAGGGUCGAGGAGUUCUUGGAGCCUCUGGAGCUGUGCUACCGAUCGCUGUGCGACUGCGGGGACAAGCUGAUCGCCGACGGCAGCCUGCUGGACUUCAUGCGCCAGGUCUCCACCUUCGGCCUCUGCCUCCUCAAGCUGGACAUCCGGCAGGAGUCGGACCGCCACAUCGACGCCGUCGACGCCAUCACCACGCACCUCGGCAUCGGCUCCUACCGGGACUGGCCCGAGGAGCAGCGCCAGGAGUGGCUCGUCAACGAGCUCCGCGGCAACCGCCCGCUCUUCGGCCCGGAUCUGCCACAGUCCGACGAGGUCGCGGACGUGCUCGGCACCUUCCGGGUCAUCUCCGAGCUCCCCGCCGACAGCUUCGGGGCCUACGUCAUCUCCAUGGCCACCGCGCCGUCCGACGUGCUCGCCGUCGAGCUGCUGCAGCGUGAGUGCGGCGUCAAGAAGCCCAUGAGAGUCGUGCCGCUGUUCGAGAAGCUCGCGGACCUUCAGCAGGCGCGCGCCACCAUGGAGCUCCUCUUCUCCAUCGACUGGUACAAGGAGAGGAUCAAUGGCAAGCAGGAGAUCAUGAUCGGGUACUCGGACUCGGGCAAGGACGCCGGCCGGCUGUCGGCGGCGUGGUAUCUCUACAAGGCCCAGGAGGAGAUCGUGGACGUGGCGGAGCAGCACGGCGUGAAGCUCACCAUCUUCCACGGCCGGGGCGGCACCGUGGGGCGCGGUGGCGGGCCGAGCCACCUCGCCAUCCUGUCGCAGCCGCCCAACACCGUCAACGGCUCGCUCCGGGUGACCGUCCAGGGCGAGGUGAUCGAGAAGUCGUUCGGGGAGGAUAACCUCUGUUUCCGCACGCUGCAGAGGUUCACGGCGGCGACGCUGGAGCACGGCAUGAACCCGCCCGUGUCCCCGAAGCCGGAGUGGCGUGCGCUGCUGGACGACAUGGCCACGGUGGCCACCGAGGAGUACCGGUCCAUCGUGUUCCAGGAGCCGCGCUUCGUGGAGUACUUCCGGUCGGCGACGCCGGAGACGGAGUACGGGCGGAUGAACAUCGGCAGCCGGCCAUCGAAGCGGAAGCCGGGCGGCGGCAUCGAGUCGCUGCGCGCCAUCCCGUGGAUCUUCGCGUGGACGCAGACGCGGUUCCACCUCCCCGUGUGGCUGGGCUUCGGCGCCGCGUUCCGGCACGCCAUGGACAAGCCCGGCGGCCUCGCCACGCUCCGUGAGAUGUACGACGAGUGGCCCUUCUUCCGCGUCACCAUCGACCUCCUCGAGAUGGUCUUCGCCAAGGGCGACCCCGGCAUCGCCGCGCUCUACGACAAGCUCCUCGUCCCCCAAGACCUCUGGCCCUUCGGCGAGCAGCUCAGAGCCAACUACGCCGAGACACAGAGCCUCCUCCUGAAGGUUGCUGGGCACGAAGACCUGCUGGAGAGCGACCCGUACCUGAGGCAGCGGCUGUUGCUGCGGGACUCGUACAUCACGGCGCUCAACGUGUGCCAGGCGUACACUCUGAAGAGGAUCAGGGACGGCGAGUUCAGGCCGGCGACGCGACCGCCGCUGUCCAAGGAGUUCAUCGACGAGACGGCAGAGAGCUUGAUGGAGCUCAACCCCAGCAGCGAGUACGACCCCGGGCUGGAGGACACGCUCAUCCUCACCAUGAAGGGAAUCGCCGCGGGCAUGCAGAACACGGGCUGAUUCUGGAUUUUUGGGUGGACUCUCUCAUGUCCUGGUCAUGGAUUCGUGACCCUCUUUUUUUCUCUGAAUAUUAGAAGAGGAUCGGUGAAAGUGGAAAUGUGCAUUGGUUUUCGCGAU